ACUAACACUACUGCAGAACUAAACUUUCUCAUACCACAAUUAAUUAUUGAGACAUUUCCUCAAUGCAAGGUUAAUGAUGGGCAUCAAUUAUGCCAGUCAAAAGAAUAAGUACCCAGUAGGAAAAGGCGCUCUUGGCACAAUAAUGUAUUAAGUCCACAAACACUGCACACUUCACGUUUAGCAACUUUGAAGACUGUCAAGUGUUGUUAAUGUCGUUAGUUUCCUUACAUACAUUGACCUAAUCAUUAGCUAUGCAUGCAUGUUCUUCAGUGCAUCAGCUGUUAUUACACUCUACUUCCAUCUCCCAUCUCCAGCUAUGACAUCGCUCCAACAUCCUCCUCCAAUCCUCCUAGACAUUCUACACAGUCACCAUCUCCAAUGUCCAGCUAUAAUGGCAUAUCAUCCACACCUACUGACACCACUUUUCGAUCUAGUCAUUUGCAGUCGCAACCAUCUCCGUCUGCCAUGUCCAGUGAGGAUGAGUCCUCUGCCUCAUUUGAAAUUGUUGUCCCGCUGGCAGCUGGUUUGACAGUCACUGCUACUAUAAUUGCUAUAGUGCUACUUGUGACUAUUACAUUUGGUGUCGCCUUCUUUAUAAAGAAGUCAAAGAACAAGUCUAAACGAGAGUCUACCACUCUCAGUUCAGGAGACAUGUACAUUAACACUAGUCCAAAUACUGUGUACAAAGCAUUUGAAAAGUACACAAGUGAUAAAGCUACUGAAGAGGUCAAUGAUGAUGAUUAUGAGAAAAUUGAUCCUGCUGAAACAGCCGUGACAACUGAAAAUAACGAUCAACAGCUGUACGAAGAAAUUGAUGAGUCAGUCAUCUUCAACAGCAACGAUUCUCAAUAUGACAACUAAAGCUUUGCAGAAAGCUGUCAACUUUAAUACUUGAGUUUAUACUUGUAAUAACCUAAACUGCAGUAGAUGCUAUUUUUGUCCACGUUUGUGGUGACUCAUUGAAUAUUAUUACAUGGCUCAGCUAGUUAAGAUAAUAAUGUCUAAUGCAUAUCAAUACAU